GGCUCGACAUUCAAUCAAAUUCAAACCUCUCUCUCUCUCUCUCUCUCUCUCUACAGCUCUCACUGUAAUCCUAACAAUGAAGUCUAUCAGCAAGAGCGUAGCAAUCCCCGAGACCGGGUUCAAGGGGAGCAGCUUGUCGACCUCUUCGAUAAGGAGCCUACUCUCCAGAUCCGUCUCGUCUAAGCACAAAUCCAUGUCCAGAAACUCUACAUUCCGCAAAUCCAACGCUGAGAACACACCUCCGCUGGAUUCCAAUCUUCCCGAAGCUCCUGGUGCUCUGGUCCCUCCUCCGAAGAUGAAGGCAUCGAGUGAGGUCUCUGGAUCGGAGGGUUUCAAUGAAGUAUCGGUGAAACCUGAGCUUCCAGUCGAGAAGGAGAAUACUGUAUCUGAUGAUAAAUGUAAAGAUCUGGCGUCUGCAGAUCCAGCUGUGAAGGUGGUCGUAAGAAUUAGACCUCCGAAUGGUCGUGAAAAUGGAGGAAGCAGCAUGGUGAAGAAGGUUUCAUCAGAUACAUUAGUGCUUGGAGAUCGCAAGUUUACCUUCGAUUCGAUUUUUGAUGCGAGAACAAGCCAGCGAGAUAUCUUCGAAACAGUCGGUGUGCCGUUGGUUAAGGAUGCACUGGCAGGUUACAACACCUCCAUCUUAUCAUAUGGACAGAGCGGAAGUGGCAAGACAUACACCAUGUGGGGUCCUCCCAGCUCUAUGUUUGAAGAGCCAUCAUCCAGCAGUGAUCAGGGUCUCGUUCCUCGUAUUUUCCAGAUUCUGUUCUCUGAGAUUGAAAAGGAGCAAGAGGCCUGGGAAGGGAAGCAAGUCAAUUAUCAGUGCCGCUGUUCAUUUCUAGAGAUAUACAAUGAAAAAAUUGGGGAUUUGCUCGAUCCAACCCAGAGAAAUCUUCAGAUAAAGGAUGAUCCAAAGAAUGGAUUAUACGUUGAGAAUUUGACUGAGGAGUAUGUGACAAGCUACGAAGAUGCUAUGCAAAUGUUAAUAAAGGGGCUUUCUUCCAGAAAAGUUGGAGCGACAACCACGAACUCCAAGAGCUCUAGGUCGCAUAUCAUCUUUACAUGUGUUAUUGAGUCUUGGUGCAAGGACGCAUCAUCCAAGUGCUUUACGAGUUCCAAAACAAGCAGAAUCAGCCUCGUUGAUCUUGCUGGAUCAGACAUGAACAAAAUUGACGAUCCGAGCAAAGAAUGUACCAGGGAAGCAAAGAAUGUGAAGAAGUCCUUAUCUCACCUCGGACAUCUUGUGAGUGCUUUAGCAAAGAGAAGUAAAGUAACAGAUGAAGAUAUUCCAUAUAAGGGCUCAAGGCUAACACAUCUUUUACGAGAAUCAUUUGGUGGCAAUGCCAAGCUCACUGUGAUCUGUGCCAUUUCUUCAGAGAAUAAGAAUGACAGUGAGAUACUGAGCACUCUCAGAUUCGGCCAGCGGGUAAAAUGUGUGAAGAAUGAGCCGGUGAUAAAUGAGAUCACGGAGGAGGAUAUGAAUGGUUUGAGUGAUCAAAUUCGUCAACUCAAGGAAGAACUUAUCAAAGCAAAAUCCCAUGGAUAUAACUCAGUGCAAAGUGGACAGAGAUAUCUCCACAGACAGUAUGCACGGGAAAGCCUGAACCAACUGAGAGUGAGCCUUAACCGGUCUCUGAUGCUACCUCCUGUGGAAUGUGAUUCUGAGGAAGAAAUAAAUAUUGUUGAGAACGACGUGAAGGAACUCCAUAAGCAGUUGGAUAAAUUGGAGACAUCUGAAGAAAACGUGUCAAUAGAACAGUCUGAGAAAGAGAAUUCGGACUCUGUAGAAGUAGAAAGCUGCGGGACUGAUGCUUUCAGUGAAGAUUUCAAGAAUUGUCCAGAAGAAUUCGAUACUUCUGAUGAAACUGAUUCGAGACAAUCUUGUGAUGAAGUUCGUUCGAAGCAGAAUAUUACUUUAACAGGUAGCAUUUCGGUCAACUCUCUCCGUCACUCUCAGAUUCUUGAAGAGCCAAUACUGUCAGAGUCCCCGAAGAUCGGGAAACUUCAGAGAAAGAGCACAGUCUUCUCAUCAAGCAAUCUGGCGAGUCGAACAAAUGUCUCUGAAAGCUCAAAGCUCAUUUCCAGUGUAUCAAAACGAUCUCUCAGACAGUCCCAACACAUCAGAUCCUCCUUACGGACGAGCCAGUCCUUAGCUGCUAGCCUCCAGAGAGGUCUAGAGCUCAUUGACUAUCAUCAGCGAAGUUCAGCAGCAUCAACUAAGUCGCCAGUUGCCUUUUCCUUUGAACACUUGACUCUGCAACCUAGUUCAGAAGUCUUUGACAAGACCAAUGCCUCGAUUCAAAUUGAGAAUCGGUCGUUAGAUGGACGGUCUUCCUCAUUUCUCUGUCCUUCUUGCCAAAGAAGAAGAGUGGACUCUGAUGAGGUUGAGGAAAGCUUGAAGACUUGGAUUGUUCCAGUGGAUGGGAAGGAGAAUGAACUGUCAGAAGACAAGAAGAGAGUGCAGGAACUUGAAAGCAUUUGUAAGGAGCAAGCAGCUAAAAUCGAGCAGCUCAAUCGUCAGGUAGAGCAGUACAAACUGGAGAAGGAGCAGAGAGAUGGUCAGGGAAGCCAAAUUCUUUGUACUGAGUCCCCAAAGAAUGAAAUUUUAUUGCUCGAACAACAAAAAGAUGAGGAUGUUAGUUUCGACAAAGUCAUUGAGGAAAACUGUGAAAUUAGGGAAGUUCAAGAGGAGCUAAAACAUGGGAAGAGGAGCUCUUCUUUUGAUGCCGAUGAGAAGGAAGAACUGCUUAAGGAGAUCCAUUCCUUAAGGAGCAAGUUACAGCCGUCGUAUCCUGAUGCGCUCCCCAGUAAGUCCAUUGAUAAACUGAGAUCUUCCUUGCUGAGGCGAUCGGUACAACUGCAGAGGAGUAUCAGUGGAGGUUCUCAAUAUAACAAUAGCGAGGAAGAACUUCAGAGGGAAAGGGAAAGAUGGACAGAGAUGGAGAGCGAGUGGAUCUCUCUGACUGAUGAGCUGAGAGUCGAUAUAGAGACUCAUAGAAGACGUGCGGAGAAGUUGGAGGGUGAGUUGAGGGUAGAGAAGAACUGUACUGAGGAACUGGAUGAUGCCCUUCACAGAGCUGUCCUCGGACACGCAAGAAUGGUCGAGCACUAUGCUGAGCUUCAAGAGAAGUACAAUGACUUGGUGGGUAAGCACCGGGCAAUCAUGGAGGGAAUAGCGGAAUUUAAGAGGGCUGCUGCUAAGGCCGGAGCUAAAGGUCACGGGUCUCGUUUUGCUAAAUCACUUGCAGCAGAGCUGUCUGCAAAGAGGGUGGAAAGGGAGAAGGAGAGAGAGUUCUUGAAGAAGGAGAACCAAAGGCUUAGAAUUCAAUUGAGGGACACUGCAGAAGCUGUCCAUGCUGCUGGUGAGCUGCUGGUGAGAUUGAGAGAAGCUGAGCAGGCAACAUCUGCUGCAGAGGAGAACUUGGCUAAACUCCAGGAAGAGAACGACAAACUGGAGAAGCAGCUCGAGAAGGUGAAGAGGAAGCACAAGAUGGAGAUGAUCACAAUGAAACAGUACCUUGCAGAGAGCAAGCUGCCUGGUUCCGCAUUGCCCCCGCUAUACAAGGAGGACGAUUAUAACAAUGCUCAUAGCACAAUCUCGCAUACAGACGAUGACCAAGCAUGGAGAGAGGAGUUCGGGCCCAUAUACCAGGAUCCGUACUAAGUUAACAUCGUACUUGCUGCGGGACCCUUCUCAGGUUUCUGCCGAUCUAUAUCACAGAUUGUUUAAUACAGGAUUUGUCAUUCGAUAUCUGUUGUUCGAGCAUAUUAAUGUGUUUAAUUGAUUCUCGUGGUAAUAAAAUCUUGGUUGAAUUGCUCCU